UAGUGUGUUAUUGUUGUUGUUCAUGUUUUGUAAUUUGAAUUGAAUCUUCUGCAGGGACCAAGAUGGCUAGGGAGUAUGGAGGUGGAUCACCGAAGCACCACCAGCUUGAAUCCAAGAAGAAGAGGCUUACUAUGAUCUUUGGGGUUAGUGCACUUUGCGUAGUAUGCUACUGCUUAGGAGCUUGGCAAACCACUUCUGCUCCCGUCAGUCGGUCUGAGCUCUACAACAGGGUUGGUUGCGACGAAGCUUCUAGCCAAGCAAAGAUCUCCAAUGCCUCAUCGGGGCCUGCUGGACUUCACUUGGAUUUCGAAAGCCAUCACCAAGUGGAGAUCAACAAAUCUGAGGCAGUCCAGACGUUCCCACCGUGUUCCAUGGUAUACAGUGAGUACACUCCUUGCCAAGAUACAAAUAGGGGGAGAAAAUUCGACAGGCAAAUGUUGAAGUACAGAGAGCGACAUUGUCCCACCAAAGAAGAACAACUUCUUUGCUUGAUACCUGCUCCACCAAAGUACAAGACUCCUUUUAAGUGGCCUCAGAGCAGGGAUUUUGCCUGGUAUGACAACAUUCCGCAUAGGGAGCUUAGCAUUGAGAAAGCUGUUCAGAAUUGGAUUCAAGUUGAGGGUGACCGCUUUAGAUUCCCUGGUGGAGGCACCAUGUUUCCGAGAGGAGCUGAUGCUUACAUAGAUGAUAUUAAUAAGCUCAUUCCUCUUACUAAUGGUCACAUCAGAACUGCAAUUGAUACAGGCUGUGGUGUUGCAAGUUGGGGUGCUUACUUGUUGAAGAGGGAUAUCUUGACAAUGUCGUUUGCUCCGAGAGAUACGCAUGCAGCACAGGUCCAGUUCGCAUUGGAGAGGGGAGUUCCUGCUAUGAUUGGUGUCUUGGGUUCGAAAAGGCUUCCCUACCCGGCCAGGUCUUUUGAUAUGGCUCACUGUUCCCGCUGCUUGAUACCAUGGCAGAAUUAUGAUGGUUUGUAUCUGAUUGAAGUGGACAGAGUUCUAAGGCCGGGUGCUUACUGGAUUCUUUCUGGGCCCCCUAUUAAUUGGAAAAAACACUGGAGAGGAUGGGAGAGAACCCAAGAAGACUUGAAACAAGAGCAAGAUGCUAUCGAGGCUGUUGCAAAUAGCUUGUGCUGGAAGAAAGUGAUUCAGAAAAAUGAUCUUGCUAUCUGGCAAAAGCCUCUCAAUCACGUUGAAUGCAUCCGAAGCAGGAAGGUCAUUAAGACGCCACAUAUAUGCAAAUCAGACAAUCCAGAUAUGGCUUGGGACAGAAAUAUGGAAACUUGCAUUACACCUCUGCCAGAGCCGGGUAAUCCAAAUGACAUUGCUGGUGGGGCAUUGGAGAAGUGGCCUGAGCGUGCAUUUGCCGUACCUCCAAGAAUCAGCAGUGGUUCAAUACCAGGAAUCACCCCUGAGAAACUCAAAGAGGAUAAUGCUCUGUGGAAGGAGAGGGUGGAACAUUACAAGAAUAAAAUACCAAUUAGCAAAGGAAGGUAUAGGAAUGUGAUGGACAUGAAUGCUUACCUUGGUGGAUUUGCUGCUGCACUGUCAAAAUAUCCAGUUUGGAUUAUGAACACAGUUCCUGCCAAUACAAACCAGGACACUCUUGGUGUGAUUUAUGAAAGGGGUUUCAUUGGUACCUACCAGGAUUGGUGUGAAGCAUUUUCGACAUACCCCAGAACUUAUGAUCUCAUCCACGCUGCCAAUGUCUUCAGCAUAUAUCAGGACAGGUGUGACAUCACGUACAUAUUGCUGGAGAUGGAUAGAAUUCUGAGGCCAGAAGGAGCCGUUAUAUUUAGGGAUACUGUGGAGAUACUUGUGAAGAUAAAGGCCAUCACAGAUGGAAUGAGGUGGACUAGUCAAAUUAUGGAUCAUGAGACUGGACCUUUUAAUCCAGAGAAAAUUCUAUAUGCUGUCAAAACUUACUGGACAGGUGAAGCUAACAAGCAGAGCUAGUAGAGUUUGUAGUAGUGUAUUCUAUAUGCAACCCACUCUUUUUGUUUCUGUUUCUCUGUUGUUCUAUAUCAUCACCAUGAUUAUCCUCUUGGGAUUUUUUAAACAAAUAUUUGCAACUAAUUGAG